CCUAGGACAGGACCACCGGAUUCGUUUAUUUUGUGGACAUUCCAUCAUUGCCGCUCUUCCUUCCCAGGUUUUUAUGCUUUGAUUUCCUUGGUCUGUCUCUCUUGCUGCGUCGCGUCCUCCCCUUGAUUGAUCCCUCCAAAGGAAAAACCAGUAAUAAAAGCUCCAAAUAUCUCCCUCUGAUUAGGGUUUGCUCAACUCAACCUGUCGUUUCCCAAUUCCCCCCUCAAUUCCUUUCUCUUCUGCUCCGUGCAUUGUUCGGUGUUCCCAUCCAAACACCUCGUGAUGCCAUCGUCCUGAGCACUACAGGGCUCCAUUGUUCCGUUAAUGGUGGAAAUCAAUGCGACCUCAUGAUUUUGCUAAAGAGGCAGAGCAGUAACAUCCCAUCCAUGGCUUCUUCCUUGAUCCUGAACGACCCUUUUGUUUCUAAUCGAUUUCAUUCCCUUAGACACCAUGCGUCUCAGUCGUUACCGGUCGAGAACCGAUCCUCGCCCUUUCUAGCGAGAGCUGUUGUGCCCAAGAUUGAUACUUGUGAUGGUUUUAGGAUAGCUGAUGGGAGAGGGGGGUUGAGUAUCAAGGGGUGCUUUAAUUCUGUUUCCGAUUCGAGUAGCUUAUUUCAGAAGCCCCAAUCGGGUGCUCCACGGUUAACUCUCCGUAAUGUGGAGGUCGGGAUCGAGGAUGAGAAAGACGCUAGAUUGGUGAAUGGACGCCAAUGGGGCAGCCCUCUUUGCUUCCCUAGCUCUACUUCGCCCGAGAAGAUUGUCGUAGCCGUUGAUGUCGAUGAGGUUCUAGGGAACUUUGUCUCAGCUCUAAACCGGUUCAUUGCGGACCGCUACUCUUCAAAUCACUCAGUCUCCGAGUAUCACGUCUAUGAAUUUUAUAAGAUAUGGAACUGUUCCCGCGAUGAAGCUGAUCUUCGUGUUCAUGAGUUCUUCAAGACACCAUACUUCAGGAUGGGGAUCCAUCCUAUUCCUGGUGCGCGUACGGCACUCCACAAGUUAUCGAGUUUCUGUAAACUCUCAGUUGUCACGUCUCGGCAGAAUGCAAUCAAGGACCACACGAUUCGGUGGAUUGAGAAGCAUUAUCCGGGUCUUUUCCAUGAGAUCCACUUUGGCAAUCACUUUGCCCUUGAUGGUGUCUCAAGGCCCAAGUCAGAAAUAUGCAGAUCUCUUGGAGCGAAGGUUCUGAUCGACGAUAACCCGAGAUAUGCGAUUGAGUGUGCAAGUGUGGGGAUUAGGGUUCUCCUAUUUGAUUACAAGAACUCGUACCCUUGGUGCAAGACAGAAUCGAUCCAUGGACACCCGCUUGUGACUAAAGUUCACAACUGGGGAGAAGUCGAGCAACAGCUAGUUUCCUGGAUUGUUUCCUAGUGUCUUUGCAUUUUGUUGGAUGAGGAUUUCACAGGCCGAUGACGUUGAGUGGGUUCCUAACGGGAUGACCUUUUCCUAAAGCAUCAUCAUUUGUUGGGUGUUGAAGUAUAGGCAAUUGAAUGAAUUUUGGUUAUAUUUUGUAUUAGGUGGUUAGUCGACAUGUCUAUGGAAGAGUGUUCAUAAUUAAAUUUAUGCUAAACCUGAUUCAUUUUCUGCAAGUCAUUACGGAGAGUGGGAAUUAUAAUGUAAAUAUUGGACUUAAUCAUUUACAUCAGCUACCGAUGUUUAAUAAGUAUCAUUGAUGGAUUCUUGCAUGGUUGCAAGAAAGAUUUAUGAUCCA